AUGUCAUCGUAUUCGACUCGCAGGAUGGGUGACGUGGUGCGUGCUGCCGGCAUGCUGGUCUAUCGGCGGAGCGGCGGGAAAUUUGAGUAUUUGUUGCUUCAGGCAUCUUAUCCGCCGUACCACUGGACGCCACCGAAAGGUCACGUGGAUCCGGGCGAAGAUGAGUGGGCAGCAGCAUUGCGCGAGACUCGAGAAGAAGCUGGAAUAGCGGCCGACAGCCUGGAUGUGCAUGAAGAUUUUGCCGAGGUUUUGAAAUAUGUGGUGAAAAAAAGUGAUAGGUACGGCGCGGAAGUUAACAAGCAGAAGACGGUCAAAUACUGGUUGGCAAGACUAAAAGAUGGGAAUUCGAUUCAGCUAUCUGGCGAGCACCAGAAAAUCAAAUGGGCCGCGCUCGAUGAAGCGAUUGUUGUUGCUCAGUACAAAGAAAUGGCAGAUUUGUUACGAAAAGCUGAGGAUUAUUUAGCCCAUAGGAAAUAA